AUGCUGCUGAUACUGAUGUGGGUGCUGCUGCGUCAUAUAGUAUGUAGGAUGUUGUCCAUCAAUUGCUCCAUCUAUGAUGACCUCUUUCCUAUCCGUCACAACUUUUAUCAGCCAGGAGAGCUUCUUAUUGGUGGGAUCACUGCUCAAGUUGGUUUCUUCCAUAACUCUCACUCUUUCACAGAGCACCCAAAACGUAUUGCGGUUGACGAAUCUGUGUCAGUCACAAAAAACUACCAGCACACCUUGGCCUUGGCAUUUGCUGUAAAAGAACUGAAUGAGAAUCCCAACUUCUUACCAAACAUCAGUUGGGGUUUCUACAUCCUCAACAGCUAUUACCUUGGAAGGAUGACUUAUAAGGCUACCCUCAGUCUACUUUCCACACAGAAUGUGAUCCCUAACUUCCGCUGUACUACCCAAGAGAAUCUUAUAGCCAUCACUGGAGGCCUUUUUUCUGAAAUGACUUCUAACAUGUCCACCAUUUUGAACAUCUACAAGACUCCACAGGGUGACAAAACCCAUUUUUCUUCCUUGUAUCAAAUGGUUCCCAAUGAAGCCUAUCAACACAGGGGGAUUGUACGCUUACUUCACCACUUUAAAUGGACUUGGAUUGGGCUCCUGGCAAUGGAUGAUGACAACGGAAACCAGUUUUUGCAGUCAAUAAUACCUAUUCUCACCAAGAAUAGCAUUUGUUUUGCAUUCACAUUCAGAUUACCAAAAAUGACUUACAUAGAGGAAGUGGUAGACUUGAUUGUAAUGCAGUGGGACAAAUAUCCAGUUCUGAUGAACAGAAAAGCCAAUGUAUAUUAUGUCUACGGAAAACCUCCAACCAUGAUAGUGUUACAUGCAAUACUGUUUCAGGCAUACAUUUUCUCAUUACCCCAAUUAGGUAAAGUUUGGGUUAUUACAUCCCACUGGGAAUUUGAAACCCUCUCUAUCCAAAAGACUUGGGAUUUUCAAAAUUUUGACGGUGCUCUAUCCUUUACAGUUCAUUCCAAUCAACCACCAGGGUUCCAAAAAUUCAUUCAGACCAUAAGACCUUCCUGGGCUGGAGGAGAUGGUUUUAUUCAGAACUUCUGGGAGCAGGCAUUCAGCUGUUCAUUGAAAGAUGCAGAUAAGGAAGAGGAAAAUAAGAAGACGUGCACUGGGGAGGAGAAGCUGGAGAGCCUUCCUGGGAAUCUCUUUGAAAUGAGCAUGGCUGGCCAUAGCUACAACAUCUACAAUGCUGUCUAUGCUGUGGCACAUGCUUUGCGCAACAUCCACAUGCGUGGAUCCAAACACAGAAAACUGGUAGGAAGCAGGAGACUGGACAUUCAGAAUAUAGAGCCGUGGCAGUUACACCACUUCUUAAGGAGAACCUUGUUCAACAACAGUAGCGGAGAAACUGUGCAGUUUGACAAAAACAGAGAACUGGUUGCAGAUUUUGAUGUGACCAACUGGGUUACCUUCUCAAAUGGGUCAUUUGCUAGAGUAAAAGUGGGAAAACUGGAUCCUCAGGCCUCUUCAGACAAUCAACUGACUCUGAACGAUGAUCAAAUUGUGUGGCAUAGAAGCUUUAACCAGGUGCUUCCCCUUUCUGUCUGCAAUGACCAAUGCCCGCCUGGCUACAGCAAGAAAAAGAAGGAGGGAGACCAUUUCUGCUGCUAUGAUUGUACUCCAUGUCCAGAAGAGAUGAUGUCUGAGCAGAAGGAUGUUGAUGCCUGUGUUAAAUGUCCAGAUGAUCAUUUUCCCAGCAAAGACCGUAACCAAUGCAUUCCCAAAGUUACAAGCUACCUUUCCUAUAAAGAGACUUUAGGGAUUGUUUUAGCUGUAUUGACUAUAUCUUUCUCUCUGAUCACAGCUUUGGUGCUUCAAAACUUCAUGAAACACAAGGAUACCCCCAUUGUCAAAGCCAACAACCGAAGCCUCACUUACAUUCUCCUCAUUUCUCUCCUGCUUUGCUUACUCAGCUCCUUGCUCUUCAUUGGACAGCCAGGGCAGGUGACCUGCCUUCUGCGCCAAAGUACUUUUGCCAUCAUCUUCUGUGUGGCCCUUUCCACUGUGUUGGCCAAAACCACCACUGUACUUGUGGCCUUUGUCGUUACCAGACCAGGGUCCAGGAUUAAAAAGUGGGUGGGCAAAAAAAUGGCACAUUUUAUUGUCCUUUCUGGCUCCUUUAUUCAAAUAUUGAUUUGUACUCUUUGGCUAAGUACUUGCCCUCCAUUCCCAGAUAAGGAUAUGCACUCGCUACCAGAGCAAAUCAUACUGGAAUGUAAUGAGGGCUCAGCUACCAUGUUUUACUCUGUCCUGGGCUAUAUGGGAUUUUUGGCCAUGGUCAAUUUCAUGGUGGCUUUCCUAGCCAGGAAGUUACCAGACAGUUUCAAUGAAGCCAAGUUCAUCACUUUCAGCAUGUUGGUCUUUUGCAGUGUUUGGUUUUCCUUUGUUCCAGUUUAUUUGAGUUCCAAAGGGAAAAUCAUGGUGGCUGUGGAGAUCUUCUCCAUCUUGUCCUCUGGUGCUGGCUUACUGGGUUGCAUCUUUUUUCCUAAAUGCUAUAUCAUUUUGCUGAAACCAGAAUUGAACAAGAGGGAGCAGAUAAUUAGGAAACCCAAUGCCAAUGCUGUGAACAUAAGAAAAGCCAUGUCAGCAACGAAAAACUACCAGCACAUCCUGGCCUUGGCAUUUGCUGUCAAGGAGCUGAAUAAGGAUCCCGAUUUCUUUCCAAACAUCAGUUUGGGAUUUUACAUCCUCAACAGCUAUAACCUUGGAAGGAUGAAUUUUAAGGCCACCCUCAGCUUACUUUCUGCACAGCGGAAGCUGGUCCCUAACUUCAGCUGUGAUGACCGGCAGAAAUGUAUAGCUGUAAUUGGAGGGCUUUUGUCUGAAACCUCUGCCCAUAUGGCCUCCGUCUUGAACAGCUACAAGACUCCUCAGGUAAGCGAUAAACAUGGGGCUAUGGAGAAUAAAUGA